AUGUCCAAGGUGGAAGUUGUAGAGGAGCCAAGAAAACUGGCCGUCCGAGUAAUCAAGCAGAAUCAUCUUGAAAUCCACUACUUCAUCAAACCUAAUACACCGAUGAGACUUCUCAAGAGACAGUUUGCCAGAGAACUCGCAAUGGACAUCAACAAACUUUGUUUUCUGUUUGGCGAGCACUUUGUCGCCUUUAACGACACUGCUGAGAAAAUGGGACUACGCAACCUCGAUGUCAUUCGGGUCUUCGAAAUCGCUGUCGAGCAACCAGGUGUUUAUGGAGUUGUGCAGAAGAGGAGAACCGCGGAAUAA